AUGAAGGACCAAGACAUUGUCGGUUCAGCUUUGGCUGAGGUGCUCCCUCGUAAUUCUAAAUACUGGUUUCAGACACGUCAUAUCCUCCAUCUCAACCUCUUGCUUCUCGUCCCUCUCCUGUCUUCGUCCGUUGCCGGAUACGAUGGUUCUCUCAUGAACGGACUUCAAUCACUUCAACAGUGGCGAGACUACUUCGGAAACCCAGCAGGUUCACUCCUAGGCCUUGUCAAUGGAGCUCAGUCGAUAGGGUCGGUACUCUCUCUUCCACUCGUAGGUUGGCUCUCCGAUAAAUUCGGCCGUAAACCAAUUCUUCUUGCCGGAAUCGUCAUGAUUAUCCUCGCGACAAUCAUCCAAGCAGCUUCAGUCAACCUGGCGAUGUUUAUCGUGUCACGUCUCAUUGUUGGGUUUGGAGGGAUGUUUGUGGUCCAGCCUUCACCUAUGCUCAUUGCUGAGCUCUCGUAUCCGACACAUCGUGGUAAAUAUACUAGUGCAUUUUGGACAAUGUACUACCUGGGUGCUAUCCUUGCAUCGUGGACAACCUUUGGCACCCAGGACUACACUUCGGAUUGGUCAUGGCGUAUUCCUUCGAUCUUGCAGGCUGGUUUCCCAUUGGUUCAACUCUGUUUUUGGUUCUGGAUACCCGAGUCACCAAGGUGGCUUAUUGACCAAGACAGAAUAUCAGACGCAAGAGCAAUUCUUACAAAGUACCAUGCUGGCCCCGAAUACCAAUCCACCUCCUCCACUUCGCCUCUCGUCUCUUUUGAAAUAUCUGAAAUUAUCCAAACGAUCAACAUGGAAAAGGCUGCCAAGAACACUGGCUGGUCCGCGUUGGUUGCUACUCCAGGAAACCGAAAGCGAACACUUAUUGCAGUCUGUCUAGGAGCCUUCGCACAAUGGAAUGGCAUCGGAGUUGUAUCAUACUAUCUCACGCUUGUCUUGGAUACAGUUGGGAUUACCGAUUCUUUCGACCAAACACUCAUCAAUGGGCUCCUCCAAAUUUUCAACUUUGGCGCUGCUUUCUCGGCAGCUAUUCUUGUUGACAGGCUCGGUCGUCGGACACUCUUCAUCUGGAGUGGUAUUGGCAUGUUAAUCUCGUACAUUAUCUGGACAGCAUGCUCAGCUGUGAACUCGAAUACCGGUUCCAAGCCCGCUGGAAUCGUUGUCGUAGUGUGUUUGUUCACCUUCUUCUUCCACUACGACAUCGCAUACACACCUCUUCUGAUGUCCUACCCCACCGAGAUCUUCCCUUACUACUUACGGUCGAAAGGCAUUGCAGUCGAGCUAUUCGCAAUAUACGGCUCUCUGGUCAUCGCCGCUUUUGUGAAUCCUAUUGGACUUGAAAAUAUUGGGUGGAAGUACUACAUCGUAUUCUGUUGUUUCUUGGUAGUUUUCCUGGUCGUCACUUACUUUCUGUUCCCAGAAACAAAGGGACAUAGCUUGGAGGAAAUUGCAGUGAUUUUCGACGGUGAAGAAGCUACCGUGGACCACGAUGCGAAGGAUGCAAUUGAGGAUGUUACGGGACAUGUUGAGAGAAGGUCUAGCGAGAAUGAGAGAGUGUGA